AUGACUCGAACUCGUUUCCCUCUGCCGGGGCGCGAGGAAGUACCAGACGACCUCGCGAGUGAGGCUGUCUCGUCUGUGGCUGUGGCUCGCGGGAGGUCCGCCCGCGGCGGGUCGGACGGGCGUCCUACUUGGCCUCUGCACGAAGACCCUCCACGUGUGUGCGUGCUGAUACUUUGCCCCAAAGUCGGUUACUGGGUUGCUGGGGGGUGGGCAGGUGGAUUCUCCACAGUUUUCCUAGUGCGAACUCAUGGUGGAAUCCGAUGUGCACUGAAGCGAAUGUAUGUCAAUAACAUGUCAGACCUCAACGUUUGCAAAAGGGAGAUUACAAUUAUGAAAGAGCUGUCUGGUCACAAAAACAUCGUGGGUUAUUUAGACUGUGCUGUUAAUUCAAUUAGUGAUAAUAUAUGGGAAGUGCUUAUUUUAAUGGAGUAUUGUCGAGCUGGGCAGGUAGUGAAUCAGAUGAAUAAGAAGCUGCAGACAGGUUUUACAGAAGCAGAAGUGCUACAGAUAUUCUGUGAUACCUGUGAGGCUGUUGCAAGGUUGCAUCAGUGCAAGACCCCAAUCAUUCACCGGGACCUGAAGGUAGAAAAUAUUUUGUUAAAUGACAGUGGAAAUUAUGUACUUUGUGACUUUGGCAGUGCCACUAAUAAAUUUCUUAAUCCUCAAAAAGAUGGAGUUAAUGUAGUAGAAGAAGAAAUUAAAAAGUAUACAACUCUGUCAUACAGAGCCCCUGAAAUGAUCAACCUUUAUGGAGGGAAACCCAUCACCACCAAAGCUGAUAUCUGGGCCCUAGGAUGUCUACUAUAUAAACUUUGUUUCUUCACUCUUCCUUUUGGUGAAAGUCAAGUUGCUAUCUGUGAUGGAAGCUUCACCAUCCCAGACAGUUCUCGGUACUCCCAUAACAUACAUUGCUUAAUAAGGUUCAUGCUUGAACCAGACCCAGAGCAUAGACCUGAUAUAUUGCAAGUAUCCUAUUUUGCAUUUAAAUUUGCCAAAAAGGAUUGUCCAGUUUCCAACAUCCAUAAUUCUUCGAUUCCUUCAGCUCUUCCUGAACCGAUGACUGCUGCUGAAGCAGCUGCUAAGAAAAGCCAUAUGAAAGCCAGAAUAACAGAUACCAUUGGACCAACAGAAACCUCAAUUGCACCAAGACAAAGACCAAAGGCCAACUCUACUACUGCCACUCCCAGUGUACUGACCAUUCAAAGUUCAGCAACUCCUGUGAAAGUCCCUGCUCCUGGUGAAUUUGGUAACCAUAGACCAAAAGGAGUCUUAAAACCUGGAAACGGUCCUGAAAGUUUACUGGGGCAGGGUCACCCUCAGCAGCCACCACAGCAGCACAGAGUCCUCCAGCAGCUCCAACAGGGAGACUGGAGAUUACAGCAGCUUCAUUCACAGCAUCGCCAACCUCACCAGCAGCAACAGCAGCACCAGUUACUUCAGGACGCUUACAUGCAGCAGUACCAGCAUGCAGUGCAGCAGCAACAGUUACUUCAACAACAGUUUUUAAUGCAUUCAGUGUAUCAACCACAACCCCCACCAUCACAGUAUCCGACAGUGAUGCAGCAGUAUCAGCAGGCUUUCUUGCAGCAGCAACAGAUGCUAGCUCAGCAUCAGCAGUCUCGACAGCAGGCAUCACCUGAAUAUCUUACCUCCCCUCAAGAGUUUUCACCAUCCUUAGUUUCUUACACUUCAUCUCUACCAGCUCAGAUUGGAACCAUAGUGGACUCCUCUUACAGUGCCAAUAGGUCAAUGUCUGAGAAAGAGACAGUUGCAAAUUUUACAAAUCAGAAGAACAUCAAUAACCCACCUGAUAUGUCAGGGUGGAAUCCUUUUGGAGAGGAUAAUUUCUCCAAGUUAACAGAAGAGGAAUUGUUGGACAGAGAAUUUGACCUUCUAAGAUCAAACAGGCUGGAGGAGAAAGCAUCCUCAGAUAAGAAUGUAGACCCACUUUCUGCUCCAUGUACCCAUCCUCCAGAAGAUCCUUUUGGUUCUGUUCCUUUCAUUUCUCAUUCAGGUUCUCCUGAAAAGAAAGUUGAACAUUCAUCCACAAAGCCCGAAGUGAAUACUGCGCACCCUAUCAGGAAUGGUAAAGCAAGUCCAGUAUCUAAAGAUCAGCAGAUUGGAAAGAAAAUUUCUGAGAAUUCUUCAGUACAGGGUCAAAUGCGAAAGGGGAAUGAUGACUCUGAAAGUGAUUUUGAAUCAGACCCCCCUUCUCCUAAAAGCAGUGAAGAGGAAGAGCAAGAGGAUGAAGAAAUUCAGGGAGAACAAGAUUUUAAUGAUGAUGAUACUGAACCGGAGAAUCUGGGUCAUAGGCCUCUCCUCAUGGAUUCAGAAGAUGAGGAAGAAGAAAAACAUAGCUCUGAUUCUGAAUAUGAGCAGGCUAAAACUAAGUACGGUGACAUGAACGCUGUCUACAGAGACACACUUGGCAGUGGACCAGUCCAAGACCCUCACACAGCACUAUUCACUCCAGUUCAUUUUCCUGCUGAUGCUGGGGUGGACACUCCCAGACAGGAGUUUGAUGUAUUUGGCGCUGUCCCUUUCUUUGCAGUUCGCACUCAACAGUCCCAGCAAGGAGAGAAUGAAAACCUCUCUCAACAGACGUUUCCUACCCUGGGACUAGAGCAAGAGGAGUUUGAUGUAUUCACAAAGGCGCCCUUUAGCAAGAAGGUGAAUAUACAGGAUUGCCCUGUAGCAGGGCCCGAGGCACAUUCUCUACCUGCUUGUCGGAAAAGUGUAGAUAUAUUUGGCUCCACUCCCUUUCAGCCCUUUCCCACAUCGGCAAGUAAAAGUGAAAGCAAAGAGGACCUUUUUGGGCUUGUGCCCUUUGAGGAAAUAACUGGGAGUCAGCAGCAAAAAGUCAAACAGCGCAGCCUACAGAAACUGUCCUCUCGCCAAAGGCGCACAAAACAGGAUAUGUCCAAAAGUAACGGGAAGCGGCAUCACGGCACGCCAACUAGCACAAAGAAGACUCUGAAGCCUGCCUACCGCACCCCAGAGAGGGCUCGCAGGCACAAGAAAGUGGGCCGCCGAGACUCUCAAAGCAGCAAUGAAUUUCUAACCAUCUCAGACUCCAAGGAGAAUAUUAGCAUGUCCCUGACUGAUGGGAAAGACAGAGGCAAUGUCCUACAAUCCGAGGAGAGUCUGCUGGACCCCUUCGGUGCCAAGCCCUUCCAUCCUGCAGACCUGCCGUGGCACCAGUCACAUCAAAGCCUGAGCGAUAUCUGUGCUGAUCACAAUACCGUCCUGCCUGGGCGGCCAAGACAGAACUCACUGCAUGGGUCAUUCCACAGUGCAGACGCGUUGAAAAUGGACGACUUUGGUGCCGUGCCCUUUACAGAACUUGUGGUGCACAGCAUCACGCCACAUCAGUCCCAACAGUCCCAACCGGCUGAAUUAGACCCCUUUGGUGCUGCUCCAUUUCCUUCUAAACAGUAGAUACUUCUGAUGGAUUCUUGGCAUUAACUCCUGUUUCAAAAGAGUAUGAAUAGUUUUAUGAAUUUUAAAGAAAAUUUAUUUGUAUAGCUCUUUAUAUCAUUCAUUCUUACAACACAUAGGUGAUUUUUAAAUAAACCAAAUAGAAAAAGGAAGUCUCCCUACAGGGUAGUAACUGGAUGCUUCUUCCAAGCAGGAGAAAAAGCUGAAUUCUGAAUUGAAAGCUCUCACAGUGGGUUUCUGGUGCUGACACUGGGACACAGAAACGCAAGGGGGCACUUGCAGUAAAAGCUCAUGGCACCUUUUCGGGUGUGCAGUCACUGAAAAGGGACAGGAAAGCUGUAUCGUCCAUCUUGGUAUUAAGAGUAUCACUUACUGCAUAUCCAGGUUCAUUCCAGAUCCAGCAUUUAAAACUAGGCUGAUUUGUACAUACGUUACAUUUGUGAGUUUUCACACAGUCAAAAAUCUAACUCAUAAACAACUAGGAAGAUGCUGUUUGGACAGUGUAGGCAUCAGUUCAUAACACCUUUCUCUACAAAGCAGAGCCAGAAGUAACUAUUGUGCCUAAAACGCUGUUGCAUUUUAAAAACAAGUGCCAUUAAUAUGGAAUAUCUAAUGAUAAUUAUGUGAAACAAUGUAUAUGUUAAUUAGCUUAAUUUUGCCCUUCUACAAUGUAUACAUAUUUUAAAAUACGUUGUACAUGAUAUAUAGUUUUGUCAAUUAAGAAAUUAAUUUAAAAAUAGGGAAUAUCUAAUAGAAGCCUAGAACAAAAAUGUAGAGAGAAAUAUCUGGCAUUUCAAAAAAAUGACAUAGAAGAGUGAAAAACAUUCAGUACUUUACAAAUAUUUUGUAUUUCUGUUUAAUUGGCUUCUUGCCAAAACCUUUUAUUAUCAUGUUCCUAGUAAAGCAGAUUAUUGAAAAAAAAAAAACCCUAAGAGUGAUGAAAAAGGGUACAUGGAAAUUUUCAAAACAAAAUAUAGUUGAAACCCUGAAUUUUUAAGAUGUUUACACUGUCACAUCACAUUGUUUUCAAUAAUGUGCUUUAUUAAAUUACCACCUUCAUCAAAUUUUCCCCAAGUCAUGAGCAACAAUUAGCUUCAUUAGGUUUUGAGGGUGGGUAGUUUUAAUGAAGUACACAGAGCAGACACCCAUGAAGCCUUACAGGCAGGACUGCUUCCUGCUAUGAUACCUCUGCCCUGGCACCAGACCUGAAAACGGAGUAAAGCACGAGAGGGCGAGGGCUAGCAUCUUGAUUCUGCUAGCCAGUUGUCUUCACUGAAAAGAACCCAGCUACUACAUGGCCUUUCUUUUUUUAAACACCACAAAUCCUAAUUAGAAACGAGAUUUUAUAGAAAUUUAAUGAUAGUAAUUACGUACAUAGAUUAAUGUGAACACAGUAUCUAAGCUUCCAGUGUGUCUAUGUUAAGUUACAAUUAACUGUCUUUCACUAUCAGCUUAACAUUUGGAAGUUUCUAGAACUGUUAAAGCUAUUUACAAAUAGGGGUGGAAACUUUUCAACCCAUAUUCUCACCUUGACUGCUAUAUUUUGAAUUAGUUCUCUGUACCCAAUUAAAGUGUAUUUUAUGAGUAAUCUUAGUAGAAUCUCUUAAUUAUAAUAUCUCAUUAGGAUAAGUUAUUUGUCAGGUUUCAGUUCUAAACCUUGAAGGAAGCAAAAUAUAUGUAAGUAAACCAUACGUUCACUUUUGGUUGCUUCCUUUUCUUCCCUGUAACUCAAAAGUUUGUGGGUGGGGAAGAAAUCUGUGAAUCACAAUGCAACAGAGGCUGACCAAGCAGUACAUUAAGACUCACAAUUGUGCUUUUAGAGCUGGAAUGCACCAGUUGUCCUUGUGCCAAAGGCAAAUACUACAUUUGCACCUUUUUUUUCCUCCCUGAUUCUCAGGUUAAUACUGCUAAUGCGAAUGUUCAAGUAGAUGUUCUUUAAAAACAGAGUCAAGUGAUACUUUCUUUUAAAAGUGUAGAGUAAAUUCAUGAACUAUAGUAGGUUUGUAUCAAACAGAUUUUUAAAAUGGAAACCUGUUGGUUAAUAUGUACACAAUAUGCUUGACUAUUACAAUCCUUGGUCUCUGCUAGACCUCAAUCAAGUUCAUCAUUUAAAAGGGUAGCAGAUGAACUGAUGUGGUCACCUUAGAUAAAAAAAGACCUAGUUGUACUUGCUUUUGAAUACACUGAAUAAUUUUAAAUAAUCCAGACGUCAAUACAUUUAGACCUUUUGAUUUAUAGUGUUGGAUAAAUUCUAAGGAAACAACUCUGCCACAGUUUAAAAUAUUUACCUUUUUGUUUUCUAUAGCAUAUCCUGAUUUUCCUCUUUUGAGAUUGUUGCUUAGAGGAAAGAUCUAGGAUUGUUCAAUGGGAUAGAAAUGGGAAAAUUGUUUUGAGGCAUUUCCCUAAAGAGCAAAGAUUUAUACUUUCCAUUUUCACCUGUCACCUCCCCCACUAUGGUCGAAGUGUCACAGCUGAUGGCCUAGGGCAUUUCCUUGUGACAGUUAAGCUCCCUAAACACGUGAAAGCAUUUAACUUAGUACCUGGCACACUGCACUCAGCGGAAGUUUGGCUCUGUUACGGGAGGGAUUUUUUCCUGUUUGGGUGUGCCCUGUGCCCUAUGGAUGCUCUGUUGUCCUAACUCUACACCUGCUAUACUUGAACACCACCAAGGGAAGUGACAUGAAGCUAGCAAAAAUCUGAGGCCAAAGUUGUUUCCUAACAGCUUUAACAGCUGACUUGCUUGAUUCUGAAUCAUCUUUUAGAGAGGACCAUUUGCUUAACUAUCCUAAUACACCUCAAUAAAAUAUUAGUAUUAAAAAGAUCAGCUUUAUGCACUGAGGACAUGAUGCACUAAGACAUAAAAAUUGGACAUAAAACUAGGUGGGGGAGGAAAUGUUGCAGGUUGGAUGAAAGUCUAACAGAUUAGCAUGUUAAGAAUUGCAACCCUCCAUCUCUGGUUAUGUGUGUAUGGGGCAUAGUUAGCACAUCAUUGGACUUGCAGAUAGAUGUAGCUUUGGAUGACCCUGUGUAUUGUUUGUUAGCAGUGACAGACUGUUCUCGUCAUGCUGGUAGAAGAGACGAAGGUGGAGCCCACUCUUCCAUGCUGGUGUUCAUCAGGCAAAGCAAUUCUCUCACUACUCAGCUACUCUGCUAAGGUUUUGUUUUUAGGUUUUGGUACUUCACAUAAGCACUGUUAGAAGGUACAAGUGUAUUAAUAUCACUAGUUCUAAAGAGUUUGGGUACAUUUGUUUUGAUAUAUGUAGAAUGUAAGUUUUUUUUUCUUUUUGGCAAAACUACUCUUACCAUUUUAGGUCCAGUUACUGAGUUGACAGUCUACUGUGAGAAUGAGAUGACAUAUCUACUGUGAGAAUAACAUAAAUGAUAGUUUAUUUGAAAACUUUUAUACUCAGUGGUGUUUUAUAUAUUAAGUUUAAAAACACACACACACACACACACACACACACACACAUCACAUUGCUCUCCUGUAGAGUUAAUGUGAAUUUUUAAAAAAUGGAAUUGCAACUACAAUCAUAUCUAAAAGAGCGUUCACUCAUAGUGAGGGUUUACAAAAGCCACUAAAAGAAGAAAGUAAAUGAUGAAAAUGCAUAGGGUCAUCAUUUUGGGGUUAAUUUUAUUUUAAAAUUUUUAGUGCUACUUUUGAAAGAAUUGUUUUUACUGUUCUCUUUUUGUGAUUGAGAAGUCAUCUAAUAGCAAUAUAGAAGCCACCUUUUAAUUGCUGGCAAACAGCUUUAAGUGCACUUUCUUUGAUUAUACUUCCAUUUUUUUGUUAAACUUGAAUUUCUGAAGCCUUUUAUGUACCACUAAGCAAAUAAUUUUACCUUCAAAUAAAUCUGAUUUACAUCUUUAUUAUAUUUCUAAUUGUUGUAAAAUGUACUUGUUAAAGUAUCUUUAGUCUUAAAACAUAGCUGGGAAACUGAAGAGAUACAAUCAGUUGCUUUUCCCCCAAAUCUAAUUAAGCACUAAUUUUAUUACUUUAUCAUCUUUACAUUGCUUAUUCUUCAAUGCUGUCCCUGAUUCACUUUGUUUUGUUUGAAAUUUAAAGUUAUUUUCUUACUGUAUUUAUCAUACUUGUUUUAAUAAUCUGCUUUCUUUAAAUGCAAUAAAUCCCCAAUGGAUUGCCUAUUCUUUAUAAUCAGUGACUUUGGAGUUUUUCAUUAUUUGUCUUAUUAAAGUUUUGAUAUAAA